GACAGUUGUCACAAUUGACAAAUUCGUGACACCUGACACCAUUUUUUGAAAAUAUUUGUGGUUAGAUAUGUUUUCAAGUGUUUUCUGUAAAUAUUUACGUUUUUGCUCAUUACGGAAAAACAAAACUAUCCUAUAGAAAUACUGAAAAAGCCAUCAUCUACUACAUAUCACUUCUGAUUCCGAUGUUGAAGUUGGUUUGUCUAUGCUGAUUUUGAGUGUAGAGUCAAGAAUCUGUAGACCAGUGGUGAAAGUUUGAUACAAAUCUGUUAAAUAAAAACAAAUAAUGAUGACAUGCUUCAUUAACAGAAGAAGAAAAAGCCAAUGUCUAAUAAUUCACGACACCUAAGCACUGUUAAUUGCUUUUGAACUACAUAAGCAAAAAAACAAGGUACAAAAAAAUGGGUUUCCCAUUUAACAGAGAUCAAAUCACAAUGAUGAUCCAAGAAUAUAGAAAAUACCCAGAACUAUAUGACAGAUCAAAUCCACAAUAUAGCGAUACAAGCAGGAGAUACGAUUGUUGGAUUGAGAUCACCCAAAAACUGAUACAAACCUGCAAUAUCAAUCCAACAAUUGAAGAUGUAAAACUUAAAAUCAAGACCUUAAGGACUCAACUGGCACAUGAGACUGAUAAAGAAAAGAAAAUGCGGAGAAGAGGCAAACCAUACAGAUCAACUUGGUAUUAUUAUAAAUAUUUGAUAUUUCUGGUAAAAGGGGGUUUCGUAGAGAGAAGAGGAAGUAAACAUAGUCAAUUUUUGAGUUCAACUGAAGACUGUACUUCAGAAAAUGCAAAUGAAAGCAAUAACAUAGAAUUCCAAGAUGAAAACUCAGGUAUAUCCUUUUAUGACCCAUUGGAGAUAGACCUUAAACCUGAUGUCCACUCAAAAAUUGAAGUACAUAAUGUCAUGAAUGAUUCCUCUACCACAAGUUCAUAUAGGGACAAUAGAUUCCAAUUCCAACGAGAGCACAUAGAAGUUCUUAUAGAAUUAUACAAAAGUUACCCUGAACUGUACAACCCUCGCCACUCUAGUUACUAUGACAGAGAAAGGAAGUUAAACUGCUGGGAAGACAUUACUGAAAAACUCUCCACCACAUUUAACAUCUCUCCAAGUACUGAGGAUAUAAAACACAAAGUACAUUCUCUAAGGACUCAAUAUGCACAUGCUCUAAAGAUGGCACUCAAAAGGGAGGGAGUGGGUAAAAAAAGGUUAGGUCCGAAUGGGGAAGACAAGAAGUCAUACUGGUGGUGCUUCAAUUUAUUGACCUUUUUGAGCCAGAUUGAGAGGAAGAAAGCUUCAAGAAUCAACCAUUCUGAUUUUAGUACCAUUCUGGAGCAAAAUGGAACUAUGGAUGAAAUUGGCAGCCAUGAUAUGUUAUUAGAAGAAUCUCAAGGUGAUGAUGUACUCGAUAUAAAUGAUGUUGACUGUUCCUACUCUGCAAGUUUAGAAGAAACAAGUGAUGAAGACUGUGAAUCAGUCAGUACUACUCAGAAGUCUCAAAGCAAAGCACAGAAGACAGAUUCUCCUGAAGAUGACAUCACAGCUUUUGCACAGUAUAUUGAGACUGAACUGAGGAAGAUCAAAGACAAAAAGAAAGUGACUAGGCUAAAACGUGACAUAGUUAAUAUGGUGUAUGACACAAUAGAAGCAGACAUAGAUACCUUAGAAACAAAUGCCCUAGAACCAAAUGAAGAUAAUCUAGAAACAAAUGGAGAAAGAUCUAAAUAGUAUGCAAUCGUGAAUGAUUUAUGUGGCCUUGUAUAAAAUGAGCGAGUUGUCUAUUUGUCUUAAAUUUUUUAUAUAUUACUUCAAUAUUGACUAUGUAAAUGAUUUAGAUUAUAUGCAAUCAAGUAAUGUAUCAGUUGUUAUAGAGAUAUUGUUUUGAAUCAAUAAGAAUGAAUAAAAACCAUAUUCCAAACACA